AUGCCUCCUGUAGAUGUAACGGAUGUCCCUGAAGUGAUAACUUUGGGCGAUGAUGAAGAGGACGAGGAAACGGAAGAGGAACUCGAUUACGUUACCGACGACAACGAAGGCCCGAUACUUGUGACGGAGGGAAACGAUCGCAACAGGUUCUUCUGCGGAGGCGCCCUCAUCACGGCGAAACACAUCCUCACCGCCGCUCACUGUGUCGCUCUCUCGAGACCCGAAGUGAUCCGACUGGGCGAGCGGGACUUCACGCAGACCACCGAGUCGCAGGCCUUCGACUACACGGUCCAGAGAGUCGUCAUUCACCCGCAAUACAACCUCCUCUUCAACUACUUCGACAUCGCUGUGAUUGAACUUAGAAAUGAGGUGAGGUUCAGUGCCCUUGUGCAGCCUUACUGCCUGCCUGCCUCCACGCUGAUGCUGGAUGGCCGCACCUGCACCGUCUCGGGCUGGGGCUCGCGACCCAACGAGUUCGCAUCAACACUGCUCACGAGCCUGGAAGUCGAUGUGAAGUCCCAGGAGGAGUGCAACGCCCUGUAUGCCGAGGCAGGGAGUGUCUUCACGACCAGCUACCCGCAGGGGCUGGACGCCACUCUGCUCUGCGCCGGCGGGGGCACCGGCCAGGACGUGUGCAGGGGCGACUCAGGCGGGCCGCUGGUGCUGGGCGAGGACGGGCGUGAGACGGAUGUGGGCGUGGUGAGCGCGGGGCUGGGCUGCGGCGACCCUCGGUUCCCCGGCAUCUACACCCGCGUCGACGCCUUCCUCGACUGGCUGGACCGCGCGGUGUACGGCGCGUGCGCCCGGGCGUCCUUCGCGGCGCUGCAAGGAGGGGCCGCAGGGAACGACACGGAGGGUGGGGCGACCGCGGCACUCUGACGCUGAGGACAUGGUAGGGAGCUGCUCCUCAUACAAAUAUAGUGGGCGCAAAAAGUUUACAAAUUCAUCUCCAAGAAACGUUAACAUUGCGUUCCGAGAAGAACGUUCAUCCAGUGACGUCAGUCGACUCAGCACUAUCGGAGUUUUGUGUUGCGUGUUUGGCCAGCUCAUGGCCUUGGCUUCUCGCUAAAUGUUUUGUUUUAUGCCAGUGAGUGAUUGUCUACGAUUGAUGAAUGAUUAAACAUUAGAUCAUCUGGUCAGAAUUUCCUCAUUAGAAUGUCAAGUUUGACAACUUGCAAUUCCAGUUCAGACUAACAGAAUGAGUAGAAACAAAUGACAUUAACAAGAAAACACGUUAAUUCACGAUAUUAGAACUGUAAUUGUCUCCAAUGCGAUAUUUGCAAAUAUGAAGAUUUUAAGAGGCUGAAAAGGCUGCUGUCACAGUAGCAACCGGAGAAGUAAAACAAGAAAAAUGGUUCAGGAGCACCAAGGAAAACUUGACAAGAACAGACACAAAGCUCAAACCUAAAGUGAUGUCCGAACCUACUAUAACAGCAUCAGCAUUUAAGAAGAAGCAUCUAGAUCUCCCCAAGGACGUGUCAGUAAGGACCAUCCAGCAUCGCCUCCAGAAAGACCUCUGUUUACCGACUCGGCGCUUAACUGUGAAGCUUCUACUCAAAAAUCUAAAAAAAAAGCAAAAAAAAGCAAGAAGUUUCAACGCUAGAUGAUGUCCGAUUGGCAAAAAGUGAUGCUGAGUAAUGAAAGGACUUUCAGACAAGUGAGAGGAAUUUUAAAUUUCGUGCGUCGCCCUGUGAUCCCAAAUGCACAGUUCAAUACAGUUAAUCGUGCGGGCAGUGCGAUGGUUUGGGAUGGUUCUCCUUGGAUAUAAGGGUAGGCGAGGUCCAUACUUUCUUCUAAAGAAUGCAUCAGCAAGGGGAAGUGAUUACGCUACUUUCCCCGAGUCAGACACAGUCCAAAAGUUACUAAAUGACAGUGUAAUUAAUGUAUUAGAGUAAUCAGGUACGUCACCUCAACUGAAACCCAUAAAAUCGGAUGGAACAUCAUGAAGAACAAAGUUAAAAAAACAGGCCUAACAACAUCAAAGAUCUCCUAGAGACACUGAAAAAGCUAGUGGUGUCUCCUGUUCUGUCGAUCUUCCUGAAUCCACAGAUAGUUUUGCAGCAGAGAGGGAACAUGAUCAAGUACUAAAUGUAAGAUAUAAAAUUAUGCAAACAAACUCCACUACAAAAGUCAAUAUACAUUUUUUUGUGGGCACUGUAUAUAUGUAUGUAUGUGUGUAUGUAUAUACAUGCUUAUAUAUGUGUGUAUGUGCACACACACACACACACACACACACAC